AUGCUACGUUACGUCUGCGUAUCCGAUAAAUAUUUUGACAUAAACGGACGACGUCAGGUUUCGGAGGUAUCGAAAACGUGUGGGGAAAAGACACGCAAUAUCAAGAACAAUGUGAAAAAUGUCACUUUGAUCAGUGUGCGCGAUAAAGUAAAUUGAAAGUUGUUUUCGCAACUUGGUUCUCUGUGUGAUCAAACAAAGGCAAACGUGCCUCUUCAAAUUUCUUUUGAAAUAGUACGAGCGUUGAAAAUUGGCGAUCUUGAAUCCAUCGUGUACGUUCAAUCAUUUAUGUGGCGUUUAUUACGUUAAUGGUAAUGGUAUUACGUUGGCCAAGCACAGUUUAACCUCAAUAACCUCUUACCUCUACAAACUUGAUAGUUGUGCAAACGUAGAGUUUCUCGUGAGAACAUGAGAAUAAAAAGUGACAGAGAGAUGGAAAUGGAAAUUUAAAAUCCGAUAACGUGAGAAAUGUUCUCAAAUAUGGAUUUACGUAACGAUAUUAAGAAGGCAACUUUGCUCCCUUCCGUAGACGACACGGCCAAGUUCUAUCGACUGCAUGGAUUGAGUCAGGCUGCGAAAGAUAGAAAGAUGAAUGAAAGAAAAGUGCGGAAACCACGAAACCUAAAUUUAUUGGAAGACUCCGACACUAGUAGCGAUGACAGCAUGGACAUAAUAACUAGUAAAGUAAAACCUACCUUUGACAAAUAUGAAGUCUCUGCUGCCAUUAAAGAGGUAAAUGGCGGUCGUGACCUUUCGAAUAAACAUUGGGAAGAAAGCUGGUUAAGAACGCUUGAGAUGAUGACAAAAUCUGAGAAAGAAAUACCUCAGACGUGUUCUCAACACGAUAAUAUAAAUCAACCUGAUGAGGCUAAAGACUUGGACGAUAAAUAUAUUAAGCAGAAAGAUAGAUUGUACAGAAACGCUGCAAUUAUGGGUCUCGUAAGAACCAAAAAAAUUACAUUGCAGGAUUUGAUUCCGUACAAUGAAAACACAGCAAAGAAAAAUAUCGGAAACGACAUGGAAACCUUGAAUGGAACCGCAUUCAACAAGUAUGUAACGGAUACGGAUAAAUGCCAAGUGGAAUCAGUUCCUCUUCGUGAAGAUCCUGAAGUUUUUGUUCACCCUUUGCAAAUGGGAAUAGAUACAAAAAAGUUCAAAGACAUAGAUUUUACCGUAGCACGUAUCGGCAAGAAGACAAAAAUCACACCACGAGAUUAUUAUCUUGGAGAGACUGACGAGUCUCGUUUUGAUUUUGUAAAGAAAAAAAAAUGUUACCUAACAUGAUAGAUAUCGUAAACAUUAGCCUUUAUCACACGCAUAAUAGCAAACAAUAUAGACAUAAGAGUUGGAUAUGCAAAAAAUAAUGUCAGUAUUAAAAUAACGUAUUUAGCCUUCCACGUAUCUUACGUUGUUCGUAAGAGCUCAAAGUUUUAGAAUGUAUGCUAAAAUGGGACGCGCGCGUGGAGAAUAGUGUAGAGAUAGAUUUGCUAAGAGGACGCAACGGAUAUCAAUAAAAAUAUAAGUAUGUGGAUAUUAAAAGGAUUUUUUUUAAUCUUCCAAAAACAUUACUGCAUUUAGACGUUACUACACGGAGUAGUAGGGUAUUCUAUUAUAUACGUAUAUUACAUGACCAUAAUGUUGUAUCGUACUAGUGUUUUUUGAAAAUAUAGCGAAAAUUUAUAAAUAACUCUAAAGCCUAGUA